AUGGUUCCUAAAGUUCAUAGUGACCUUGAAAUGAGUAUGGCUCAGAAUGAGAGUGGCGAAAAGAUUGAGAAGUGGAAGAAACGUAUGCAUGUUUUUGGUGAGAGGUUUAAAAGGUUUCCUUGUUUGGCUUGGAAGACUAUAUGGAAAGUGGGAUGGGAUGAUCCAAGAAGGUUGAUCCAUGCAUUCAAAGUUGGUUUAUCUCUUACUCUUGUAUCAUUGCUUUAUGUUUUGGAGCCACUCUUUAAAGGGAUUGGACAAAAUGCUAUUUGGGCUGUCAUGACCGUCGUCGUGGUUUUCGAGUUCACCGCAGGGGCAACUUUAUGCAAAGGGCUGAAUAGAGGAUUGGGGACACUAUUAGCAGGACUAUUGGCAUUUCUUCUAGAUUAUAUUGCAAAUGCAUCUGGUCAUAUACUUCAAGCUGUUUUCAUUGCAGUUGCAGUUUUGAUAAUAGGGUCUGUAGCCACAUAUAUUAGGUUCAUUCCUUCUAUAAAGAAGAAUUAUGAUUAUGGCGUGGUUAUAUUUCUCUUAACCUUCAACUUGUUAACGGUUUCAAGUUAUCGGGUUGAUCAUGUCUUCAAGCUUGCACAUGACCGCUUCUACACCAUAGCCAUAGGUUGUGCUGUUUGUCUUGUGAUGAGUCUUUUCGUCUUUCCGAAUUGGUCAGGGGAAGAUUUACAUCAUUCCACUGCUUUCAAACUCGACGGCCUAGCCAAAUCUAUAGAAGUUUGUGUAAAUGAAUAUUUCUAUGGAGAAGUUGAUUUUUCUGGUGAUGUAAAAUCAUCGGAAGAUCCAAUAUACAAAGGUUAUAAGGGAGUUUUGGAUUCGAAAUCCACCGAUGAAACAUUGGCAUUACAUGCAAGUUGGGAGCCAAGAUAUUUUAGGUACUGUCACAAAUUUCCGUCACAACAGUAUGUAAAAGUCGGCACUGUUCUUCGUCAAUUUGGAUAUACAGUAGUAGCUCUACAUGGCUGUUUGAGAACAGAAAUUCAGACACCGCAAUCUGUUCGAGUUCUAUUCAAGGACCCUUGCAUAAGACUAGCAGCAGAGGUAUCAAAAGUACUGAUAGAACUUGCCAACAGCAUAAGAAGUCGACGCCAUUGUUCACCAGAAAUACUUUCUGAUCAUCUUCAUGAAGCAUUACAAGACCUCAACACCGCGAUAAAAUCACAGCCACGGCUCUUCUUAAGCUCCAAAGAGAUCCAAGCUAAUAACAUGCUGGCAACCAUAGCUGCUGCACAAGCAGGAGCAACAGAACAGAUCACAAAACAUGGAAAAGCCUCAUUGCCAAGUGUUAAAACAGAUUCUUCUGCUUUGUUAGAUUGGAAAACCAAAAGAGUCUCUGCUGAGCAGACUAAGGAUGUAGAACAAUUACCGGAACGUAAAGUGUUGAGAAGCCAGAUGAGUAAAAUUGCUAUUACUAGUCUUGAGCUUUCUGAGGCAUUGCCUUUUGCUGCUUUUGCUUCUUUGCUUGUGGAAACGGUGGCGAAACUGGAUUUGAUCAUUGAUGAAGUUGAAGAACUUGGGAGGUUGGCGUGUUUCAAAGAGUAUAGACAUGGUGAUGAGCUUUUUGAUAGUUGUGAGAAACCAAGAGUUGAUGUGUUGGAGAAUCAUUUACCUUCUCAUGGUGGAGAAUGA